AUGUCGAGCAGCCAAUUCAGCGUCUCCGAGUUACCAGGCGAUGCCAUCUCCUCGCUUCGAUUCUCACCACACCCCAACUCUCUGCGCUUUGCCGUGGCUUCAUGGGACCGAUCAGCGUACCUCUACGAAGUGGCGGACGGGAAGACAUGCGUCCUACUGGCGAAAUAUGAGCACCGCGCACCCGUGCUAGACAUUUGCUUCGGCAAGGACGACAACGAACUCUUUACAGCGUGCCUGGAUUGGGAUGUGAGGAGGAUCGAUGUAGCAUCUGGCACGCAGACGGUGCUCAGCACACACGACAACGGGGUGCGCUCCGUCGUCUAUAGCCAGACACAUUCCCUCGUCAUCUCCGCGGCCUGGGACUCGACGGUCCACAUCCACAUGCACCCAGGCUCCGAUAAUCCCAACCCCGAAUGGACAUCCGCAACCAUCACUCUGCCCUCCAAGCCGUUCUCACUGGCCCUCUCCCCUUCAAAACUCGUCGUCGCAAUGGCCAAUCGCGCUGUGCACAUCUACUCACUCUCCACACUGGCCACGGAUAGCAAAGCCUCCACCAGCAGCACGAACCCGCAAGCCGUUCUGACCAUCGAGCCGUGGCAGCGCCGCGAGAGCAGCCUGAAGUUCAUGACGCGCGCAAUCGACUGCAUGCCCAACGACGAGGGCUACGCGUCCAGCAGCAUCGAGGGUCGCGUGGCGGUCGAGUGGUUCGACCCGAACCCCGAGAGCCAGGCUAGGAAAUACGCCUUCAAAUGCCACCGGCAGCCCGUCGAUGAUGUCGAUGUGGUUUUCCCCGUCAAUGCCAUUGCGUUUCAUCCCGUCCAUGGCACGUUUGCAACCGGUGGUGGCGAUGGGGUUGUCGCCAUCUGGGAUGCGGUUGCCAAGCGCAGGAUUCGCAUCUAUCCAAAGUUAAAUGCUAGUGUGGCGGCCGCAAGUUUUAGUGCUAAUGGGAAAUAUCUCGCUACGGCUGUGAGUCCAGGGUUCGAGGAUGGGAAGGAUGAGAUUGCAGAGGGUUCGCUUGGGAUCUUCAUUCGGGAAUUGGGAGACAAUGAGGUGAAGCGCAAAGCGAAGUGA